AUGUCUUCUUUAAAACGCCUAAACCUCAUAGAAUCCCACCUCACUUCUCGUUUUCCUACAAUUCCCUUUGAUGAGUCUUUAAAUGACUAUAGAAAAAAAGGAACCCCAAUCAACAAGACCCUUCUUUUGGAAUCUUAUCUUGGCCAUUUCUACCCAGGUAUCAUGGAGCGCCGAAGAAUUAUGCACGAAAACCCUCUUUUCAACCAUUUCGACGAAGCUGAAUUAUCUCGUGAAGCUCUACGCAAAAGAAUUGUACAGCAAAUCGCUGCUAUUUAUCCUAGUGCUGGGUUAAAUUAUAAAGUAGUAAAAGAAGAUUACACUAAAAAACUUGAACUUUUAUACGGAAUGGCUGACUAUGACAUUGCUCUUGCAGUCAGGCUUUUAGUCCAUUUAGUGCUUUAUACUGACACAGUGACCAACCUUGGCACUGCAAAACAUUUGAAUCUGGUCGAUAGAGCUUACAAUUUACAAGAUUAUGGCUCUUUUGGAAUGACUGAGCUAGGUCAUGGAUCUAACGUCGCUAGUGUAGAAACAACAGCUGUUUAUGAUCAUAGCACCCGUGAAUUUAUUUUGAAUUCCCCUACAGCUACUUCAGCUAAAUGGUGGAUCGGUGCUAUAGGGAAAACAGCCAAUAUGUCAGUCAUUUUUGCACAGUUAUUCGUAGACAAUAUUAAUAAAGGUGUACAUGCCUUUGUGGUCCCAAUCAGAAAAAACGACGCUUCCCACGAAACUUUCCCAGGUGUUGUCCUUGGAGACUGUGGUAAAAAAAUUGGCUUAGAAGGUAUUGAUAAUGGCUUUAUUUUGUUCAAAAAUUACAGAAUACCUUAUGACUGCCUUCUCGAUAAAUUCAGUUCCAUCAAUCCAGAAGGAAAAUUCAAAAGCGCAAUAAAAAAUAAAGAAAAAAGGUUCGGAAUUAUGAUAGCUGGACUUGUAGGAGGCAGAGUUUCCUGCACCAGUGGGUGUGAGCAAGAUAUGAGGAAUGGCUUGACCAUAGCUUUAAGAUUUUCUGCAGUUAGAAAACAAUUCAGUGGGCAGGAAGGACCUGAAUUGCCUGUAUUAAAUUAUCCUUUGCAGAGAUAUAGACUGAUUCCUCAUUUAGCAAAAACUUUUGCCACAAGAGCGUCGGUUAUUUAUUCGUUGGGGACUAAUAUUAAUACGUUUUUUAAGAGAUUGGAAGAAGAUCCAGAAUGUUUGGAAGUCAAUGAAUUUCAUGCAGUUUUGUCGGCGCUGAAGGUGGUGACGUCAUGGUAUGGGAUUGCGUGCUUACAAGAGUGCAGGGAGGCUGUAGGCGGCCUGGGAUAUUCAAGCUAUGCACAGCUGGGAAGGAUUAGGAAUAAUCAAGAUGUCAUGGCGACUUGGGAAGGGGAUAAUUCAGUCCUUAUUCAGCAAGCCGGAAAAUUCUUAUUCUAUUUAAAAGAUGCAUCCUAAAAAUAUAAGCAGGCAAUUUCUUAUCCAUAUAGAAAAAUCAACACGAUUUUUAUCUUAUUUAAGUUUUUUUUCUUAAUAAGUAUAUUUAAACAAGUCCAAAAGACUUUCAAAGGCCAAAAAAUCCAAGCCAAAACCCUAAAAUUCCUAAAAACUGACAUCAAUGAAGUCAACUUAUUCAAGCCAAAAUUCGAAAAUUCCGAACAGCUAGAAAACGAAGCUGUCCUUCUCGAAAUCAUUGAGUACCGAGUCAAUAUUUUGCUUCACCAAAGUUUAUUAAAACUCCAAGAAAAUACAAUGACAUCAAUCGAUAUGAUUGACGCUUGGAAUAAAGCCCAAGUUUAUUAUAUCCAAGAACUCUCCAAAGCCUAUGGAGAAUUAAUUUUAACCAACGAUUUCUUGAGAUUUGUAAAUGAGCUCGCUGCAAAAGACCAAGUUUUAGGGAAAAUUUUCAGAAAAUACUGGCUGCUCUAUACAAUUGGAGUAAUUGAGAAAUCUUUAGUGACACUAAUGGAGAAUGUUUUUAAUGCCACGCAUGUAAAAGCGAUAAGGGAAAGCAUUAUGAGGCUUUGCAAUGAGCUGGCAGAGGAUAGCAUUCAAGUGAUUGAUGCACUGGCAACUCCUGAUUUGGUGCUUGGAUCGGUUCUGGGUGUAUCUGAUGGCCAAAUCUAUAAAAAGAUGGUCGAAACAGUUGAAAAAGGAAAGAGGGUUUAUGAAAAGCCGGAGUGGCUGCCACUUUUGUUGAAGGUCAAGGGCAUUAAAAAUUAUUCUGGCAGAUUUGAUUAGAAUAGCACUGAUAUCAGGAUUGUAGACCUAUUAUAAUAAAAAAUAGAUAGAAAUGUUUUAUUGGAUAGUGAAAAAUUAAACGUGAAAUAGUAUAA